CGAUGGCAUGACAUACAAUAAAACUGUGAUGAGAAAUGGAAUGAAGACAGACGUUUGGCAUAAGGAGGCUGGGAUCGAUGACAAUGGGACUGUCUAUGUUGAUGCUAACACAGGAAUUCCAUACGAAUCAGUUUGGGACCAUCGAGGCCACGGCACAUUUGACCCAUCCAUGCGUGUAGUUGCACACACCAUCAUCACUCCCGGAAUGCCAAAAAAUCCAAUUCAACUGCCAAAAGGCUGGGAGCAAGCUUGUGGUCAGAUCUAUAACGAAGGAGUCAAUAAAAGUGAAGGCAUACAAGAUGCGUAUAUAACAACACCAAAAGGCAGUGCUGUGGUCACAUUCAACUUGUAUGACAAACCUCAAUGGGGCAACUUAACGAUUACACUUACACCAAAAUCGACCGCAUGCCUUGACUGCAUCGAACUCGAUCCCGAUCACCUUGUCUUCACGCCUAAAAACUACACUCAAUUUCAGGACGUUAAGUUGAUCUACAAGAAGGAUGGAGUCGUGAGCAUCGAUAUGAAAACAUCGGAGGAAUAUCACUAUUUGGUCUAUCCCCACUACCUUCGCAUCUGUGCUUGUUCGGGUGGUGUUACUAACGUCACAUGUCAUGGAUCACUUCGUAACAGUAACUGUCCCUGACAAUGAACGAUUGACUGACUUCCUAGGAUGCUGAUGGCUGCUGCAAUGAGCAAAGCAGUGGCUUGCUGUUUGUUGGUUUUAGUAGUCACUGCUGAGAUGAGCUAUUACUGCAGUAGAUUGUUGUUGGUCUUCUAUAACAAUUUGCUGUUGUUUUAUCA